UACUCGAGAGUCGAGAAGCUUGCGCGAGGGGUCGCUUCUCCCUCUCCGUCUGGAGUUUCGGGCGCAGGGGUGAUUCUGUUUAGCGAACCAUCCAGAAGGCGGAGGCCGCCCGUGUUCUUGCUCCGUCGGCGCGUAGGCGAGGGAGGGAAAAGGAGUGAGGGGCUCACGAACCGUUUGACUCCAUGUUCAUUCUCGAUCGGUAGCGAUCGAGGUUGCGGAAAUGGGGAUCUUCAAGAGCAGCUUCUCGUUCAUGCUGGGUACCGUCUGUGGCGUCUACGUAGCCCAAAACUACAACGUCCCCAACAUCAGAAAGCUCGUCAACACCGGCAUCGUCUUCGCCAAGCACAUAGAAGAGAGCUACCGGAAGCCGAAGAAGAAGGACGACGACUAGUGGAGGGGAGGCCAAGUUAGUGGAAGUUGAGCAUAUUCGUGUUGUUUAUAUUCUCCUAAUCCCUUUCACUUAUUCGAGUCAUCCGGAGUAAAUAAUUCGCGGGUUUCGGGUAGUUUCGAGUAUGUAUGGAGCCUACCCUGUUUUUGUUUACUACAUUGUUGACUAUCGAACAGUCGUUAAUUGACGUAAUCUAGAUUUACAUGAAAUUGUAAUACAAGUUCAUCAUAGGAAUUUGGUGCCUCUGUUGGUUUA